UGCGCCUCCGUUGAAAAAUUCCACACGCGUGUGCGCAUGUGCAUCUGCUGGAGUUCAUUUUGACGCACACGGAAUACUCUUCUCGAUAUACCCUGUUCUAUCCUUUCUCCUGUCCCAGCAUCCCCACAUUUUGUGGCUUGUGCCGUUGUACUACUCCCUUCAUUCCUCUGAGAAAUUGCAUAGUUUUGUUGCAUGCCUAUCGUCCUGACAUGAUGCAGCACGCUGUCAAAUUGGUCCGCAAUCCCAGCACGUUGUCGCUACUGCAGCGCCGUGCAGCCUCCACUACCGCCACCAGCAAGGCCGCGGCGCCCCAGCUGAAGGAGAAACCCGAGGAGCAUCGCGAGAAACCCUCGCCUGCAUCCAGUCCGCGUCCCUCCCCGGAACGCAAACCCGAUGAGGCCAAGGCCAAGACCACCCGCGCACCGCGGGAUCAACGUGCGCGGAUGGAAAAGAAGGCCCAGGAAUCGAAAUCCUUCGUGGCCAAUUUAUUCCGUGGCCGCGCUGUGACUGAGCAGAUGUUCCCCUUCCCCGACGUGCUGGAGGAGGACGCCCGGGAGACCCUGCGCUCCUUUGUGGAGCCGACGCAAAAAUUCUUUGCCGACACAGUCAAAUCCGCGGAGUACGACGCCAAGGAGCAGGUGCCGGAUAAUGUCACCAAGCAGCUGGCGCAGCUGGGCGCCUUCGGCCUGCAGGUACCCGAGUACGGCGGUCUGGGCGCCAACAACACCAUGUACGCGCGUCUCGGCGAGAUCAUCGGCGCCCACGAUCUGGCCAUCGGGAUCUUCCUGGGAUCGCAUCAGUCGAUCGGGUUUAAAGGUAUUUUGAUUGCUGGAACGGAUGAGCAGAAGAAGAAGUAUUUACCGAAGUUGGCCGCUGGUGAGCAGUUCGCGGCAUUCGCAUUAACCGAACCCGGCCACGGCAGUGACGCGGCGAACAUACGCACAAAAGCCACGCUCAGCCCUGACGGAAAACACUAUAUCCUCAACGGACAGAAAAUCUGGAUAUCCAACGGAGGUAUUGCCGAGGUGUUUACGGUGUUUGCUCAGACGGAUGUGACGGAUGCGGAGGGGAAUGUGCGGGAGAAGCCGACGGCGUUCAUCGUGGAGCGGAAGAUGGGCGUGAAGAGCGGGAAGCCGGAGAAGAAGAUGGGCAUUAAGGCCUCCAACACCGCCGAGGUCUACUUCGACGACGUCAAGGUGCCCGUCGAGAACGUCCUGGGCGGCGUCGGCAACGGCUUCAAAGUGGCCAUGGCCAUUCUCAACAAUGGUCGUUUCGGGAUGGCGGCGGCGAUGGCCGGGACGAUGCGGACGGUGAUCGCGCAGUCGGUGGCGCAGGCCAACACGCGCUCGCAGUUCGGCCACCUGAUCAACAGCUACGGCGCCAUCCAGGAGAAGCUGGCGCGCAUGGCCAUCGCGCACUACACCACCGAGUCCAUGGCCUACCACGUCAGCGGCAUCAUGGACCUGGGCUUCCAGGACUACCAGCUGGAGGCCGCCAUCAGCAAAGUCUGGGGCUCCGAAUCGGCAUGGUUCACCACGGACGAGGCCAUCCAGCUGUUCGGCGGCAUGGGCUUCAUGAAGGAGACGGGUCUGGAGCGGAUUCUGCGGGAUCUGCGCAUCUUCCGCAUCUUCGAGGGCACCAACGACAUCCUGCGGCUGUUCGUGGCCCUGACGGGCAUGCAGUACGCCGGCGGGCAUCUGCGCGAGCUGCAGAAAGCGAUGAAGAACCCCCUGGGCAACAUCGGCCUGGUCUUCAACGAGGGCAUGACGCGGGGUCUGCGCAGCAUCGGGGUGCGGAUGGGCGGGCCCUCCUUCAGCGAGUUGGUGGCCGCGCCGGUCAAGGAGAGCGCUGAUUUAGCUGGGGCCUGUAUCGGGAAUUUCGGGGAGACCGUGGAGGCGCUGCUGGCCAAAUAUCGACAGGGCAUUGUCGAUGAGCAGUUUUUGCUGAAGCGCGUCGCCGAGGCAGCUAUGGAUAUUUACGCGAUGACCGUGGUGCUAUCGCGCGUCACCAAGAGCAUCAACGACAAGGCCUCCAGCGCCGAGUUCGAGACGAAGCUGGUCAAGACCUUCUGCCACGAGGCGUCACAGCGCGUCAAGAAUAAUUUGGCCUUAACACGCAAUCCCCGCGAUGUGGCCAACUUCAAGAGUAUGGCCGAGUUGGCCCGCCAGAUGUGCGACGCCGGCGGCGUGGUGCAGGAGCAUCCGCUCGGAUUCUAAAUUUAUAUGGGAAAAAGAUUCUACCGUGGAAUUUUGUCUCGUAGACAGGCCGAAUUGUGUAUUGUAGUAUUUUUUUCGGUUUAAUUUCAAACAGAGUAAUUUAUUUUGUUGUCUGUGCACAAGAGAUUGGUUUGUCGGAUUUGUCGUUUUAAUCACAUUUCUCUGAACAUAUGUCUCCAGCAAUAAAACAUUCAACAAAA